AUGUCUUUCGAGGGUCUUCAGGAGCGCCUGACGGCUUUACAAGAGACCACUACCCAGCUCCAAGAGCUCAUCGAUCGACUUGCAACGUUGAAAUUCCAGCCUGGCUCUGUGCCCCUGACCACGGACGAGGAGAGCAGCGAGAGUGGAGAGCUCAGUGCAGAGAUUACAAGCACUCUGCGAGAGGGAGAGGAAGAAUACGAGCUUUUACAGGAAGAGGUGGAGUUUCUACGUGGCCAAGAACAUGAUAAGGAAAGGCUGAAAGAAGGUGUUGCAAAGAUCGGAAAGGAGCUUGACAGCUGUCGUCUUUCUUUCCGGAAAGCACGGCUAGCCGCAAAACACAGCCUUGCGCAGGCGCAAAGGCGAGAGCGCGAGAUACUCCUUACAUCCUUUUCGCAACCUACAUCCGAGAACAACUCCCUAUACCCCGACGACGAAAAGGCCACUCGGCCCUCACGCCAUCACCACCACCCUCAGCAACAGCAUUCCAGCCUCACGGAAGAGGAUCAGCAAACCGUUGGAGCAAGCGCCAAUGUAACCAAUGCUCUCCGACGCACACACGAUCUGAUCCAGGCAGAGCUGGCACGUAGCGAGUUUGCGCACGAGACGCUGGCUGAGUCAUCUGCUGCACUGAAACAGCUGAACGAGUCGUAUACUUCUCUUGAUACGAUGCUGGCGAACUCUAAGGAUUUACUGGGCACGUUGUUGCGCUCGCAGAAGAGUGAUACGUGGUAUCUUCAAACAGCGUUUUAUAUGCUAGCUACAACACUUGGAUGGUUACUGUUCAGGAGACUACUGUACGGACCUAUGUGGUGGCUUGUCUGGCUGCCUUUGAGGUUAGUGUUUGGACUGGGAACCUCAGCGGGCAGCGCAGUGAUGCACGCAGGAUCUGGUUCGGGCAAGGUGGAAGAAGCUGGACAGCCGAGCAAAGGUGUUCCAGUGGAUGGGCUGCCAGGUGAUGACUUGCCUACCAUCAAGGUUGGCACCGGGAAGGAGGCUGAAGUGCUUGAGGAAGUCGAUAAGAUUGUGAAUGUUAUCAGAGAGGCGGAUGAGCUUGGGAAUAUGCCUGAGGGCGAAGAGCAUGAUACCGGGAACCCCAAGAAAAGAAUGUGGGAAGAACCUGAGGCUGUCGAAGAACAGCGUCCCAGGGAUGAGCUAUAA